ACAGGAUCGACCUCUCUCUUUCUCACUCAGCCCUCCAGCCAUAGACACACAGGGGGGAGAGGGAUGUCACAGCUGAAAGAAAACCAGUCCUCCUCCGUGUGCAUGAAAAACAAGCAGUGCGCGACCAUUCGUCACGUUUACGCACGGGGUAGUUACUUCUUUUACGCGCCGUCCGGAGACAAAUUGGCCCAGUUUUGGACCUGUUGACUAUUUGUUAUCUGUCAUCUCUCUGUUGGUGGUAAUCAUGCUCCCCAGCCCGCUCAUUACUUCUUCCACUACGCCUUUCUCUGUGAAGGACAUUCUGAAGUUAGAGUUGCAGCAACAAUCUCAGCAGCACCAGCUCCAGUUUAUCUCCCGCUUCGGUCUCUCCAGUGCGCUGUCACAGCCGGGAGCGUUCCCAGAUAAACCGUUCCGGUCACAUUCACCGCCCUCCUGCAUGUUGGCCGGUAGGGACAAUCCAAGUCCUGUAAGCUCAGGCCUCUCGGAGAGCGAGGAUAGGAUGUCGUACCUCAACACGCUGACUGUACAUGACCGGCUGGCGGAGUCCGGGCUGCCGGGGGAGAUGUUCAGCAACCCGGCGCAGAACCACUCUGCAGAGCUCCGGCUGGAGACCGAGCAGGAGGACCAAGAUAGCAAGAGCUGCGGUGCGUUGGGAGACGAGUUUGAGGAUCCAGACUCGGAGAAGCCCACCACCAAGCCGCAGAGGACCAGGAGGAAACCCCGCGUGCUCUUCUCCCAGGCUCAGGUGUUUGAGCUGGAGCGGCGCUUCAAGCAGCAGCGUUACCUGUCUGCCCCGGAGAGAGAACACCUGGCCAGCUCCCUGAAACUCACCUCCACCCAGGUUAAAAUCUGGUUCCAGAACAGGAGGUACAAAUGCAAGAGGCAGCGGCAGGACAAGAGUCUGGAGAUGGCAGGUCAUCACCACCACCACCACCACCACCCACCACCGCCCAGGAGGGUGGCGGUUCCAGUAUUGGUACGGGACGGGAGGCCUUGUCUGACAGGAUCCCAGAACUAUAACGGGUCUUACACAGUCGGAGCUCCAAACCCGUACAGCUACAAUGGCUAUCAGGCCUACAGCUACAACAACUCGUUGUAUACUAACACUUACUCUUGUACUUAUUCUAGUUUACCUGCUCUGCCGCCGAGCAACACCACUGCUAAUGCUUUUAUGAACAUGAAUUUGGGAAACCUCGGUGCACAGACGCAAAGCCAGGCACCCCAAGGACCAGUCGUCACACCCUGUCAGGGAACUCUGCAGGGCAUACGGGCAUGGUAGCGCAGUCUUUACGCACAAUCACAGCUGGGAGAGACUUCUCUGGGAUGGCUGAAUGGACUCAAGCAUGUAAACCUGAUCAACUAAUGCAACGAAAGCACAAUUUCAAACUCUGUAACACCAAAAGUGUAGGCCAGUUAGCUGUGACUCAAGGCAGGCCUAUGAGGAAACCCUAACCCGUUGACUGAUACAGUAUACAGUAUGCGCAUUUUCUCUGAGCCACAAACGUAUUAAAUAAAAAAUAUUAAAACUGCUGUUGGAUAUUUGAUUGUCGGAUUGAAUGUCGCCGAUGAGCAAAGAUUGUACGUAAUGAGGCCUAUUGUGACUGAAGUUGGAUGUAUUAUGCGACUAAAAAAAACGUUUCAAUAUGCAUAAUGUAUAGUAAUAGUAAUGAAUUAAAUGUUGGAUUAAUUGGCCCUGUGAAGUCCACUGCGAGAAAAUAAUAAUAUGAACCACAAUUGCAAGAUAAUGCAUUCUUAUUAAAUAUUACGCUUUUUUAUUUUAA